GAAAUGUGAUCCUACUGCGCAUGCGCAUAUCUCCUCCCUUGAAUAUCUUAGCCAUUGCCAUGUAGAGCUCUUUGGCAUUUUUAGCUUUAUCAGCUACAGUUUUGAUUUAUUUCCAGGUAUAAAAAAAUGUCCGAGCUUCAAGCUAGUGUAUCGUGUUCUCCGCAGUGUGCGGAAACAGACAAAACCAAAAAUACAGACGAUAUCAAUCCAGAAACAGUACAAAACACUAACACCAAUAUUUCCCAGGUUGAAGAAGGGUCUCAGAGCGACAGUGAUCUUCUCAAAGGCCUGUUGACAGAUAGCUUCUGUCACAUCUGUGAAGCAACCCUGCUUUAUGAGUCCCAGAGAGUUUCUCAUUAUGAGGGGAAAAAGCAUGCACAAAGAGUCAGGAUGUACCUUCAGAACAAGAAAGCUAAAAUAAAUAAGCCGAGCCAAGAUUGUGGAGGCGUUUUGAGAGGUCUGUCUGCAGAGAAGUUCUGCGAGCUGUGCAACAUGGUAUUCAGCUCUCCAGCUGUGGCCAAGUCGCACUAUGAGGGCAAAGUUCAUGCCAAGAACAUGAGAAAAACAAAUCCUCCACCACCUGAAGCGCCCGUCCUAGAAUCCACAACUCCUGUUAUCCUCCAAUCAGAGGCUGCUGUGCAGAAUCAGAUCAGUCAGGAGCAGAACACUUCUGGCUCGGGUGAUCAAGAGGUUGAUCUUAGUGACCCCAACAAGUAUUGUACGCUGUGCAGCGCUUCUUUUAAUAACCCUCUGGUCGCACAGCAGCACUACAUCGGCCGGAAGCAUCAGCGGAACCAGGCCCGGCAAGAGAUGCUGGACCAAAUGGGGGAACAGUCAGAACAUGCGAGCUCCCUGACUUGCCCUAUUUGCUGUCUGACGCUCAGCUCAAUAGAGAUGUACCAGGCACACAUGCAGGGAAACAAACACAUUGUCAAGGAGAAGAAAGUUAUGGAACUGUGCAAAUCUCAGAAGAAAGUGUACGACUCCUUCCAGGAUGAGCUGGCUGACUACAUCCAGGUGCAGAAGGCUCGGGGACUGGAGCCCAAAGCAGGGCCGGGCAACACAGGACAAGCAAACAUGGAUCUGGAUGAGAGUGUGAAAGAAGGUCCACAGAAAGCAGAAGAGAUGCCUCAUCCUGGCAAGCUGGUACCACGUUUUCCACCCCCUGGUUUCCCUCAAACUCACUGGCACCCACACUUCCAGUCUCAGGUCAAUCAGUCUGGCUUUGGCAUGAGAGGCCCUGUCCCACACUAUCAGCCGGGGUAUAUGCCCCAUGUCCGUCCUCCUUUCACACCUGGUCACCUGUGUAAAAGAGGAAAGAGCCCCGAGUCAGUUAGCUCCUCCUCUUUUUCAGACUCCUCCUCCUACACUAGCAGCAGUAGUGACAGCAGCAGCAGUUACGACAGCAAAGAGAGGAGGAGACGGAAGAGGAAGAUGAAAAAGCGAGGGAAGAGCAGAAGAGACCAGGAGGAAGGGUCUGAUACGGAACGAAGGGAAAGGAAAAAGAGGCAGAAAGGAGACAGGAGAAUAAGUGCAGAAGGAGAAGAUGAUAGGAAGAAAUGGAAGGAGAGAAGAAAAAGAGAGAGGAGCUCUAGUGAAGACGAGGAAAGCAGAAGUAAAAGAAGAGCAAGCAAGAAAAGUAGGAGGCACGGGGAUGGACAGCAUGCAAAGAGACGAAAAGAAGAGGAACUCUUGGUCAAACAAGAGAUUGAAGUGCACGAGGAACCACAGGGAAAGAUGGAGGAGCACGUAGAGGUCAGAACAGAAACAAAAGAUGGCAAACACAAACACAAAAAAGAGAGGAAAAAAGGAAAAGAGAAGACAAAUCAAGAAGACAGCAGGACAGAGGAGGAAAGGCUCUGGGAUGAGACGAUUCUUGGUGUUUUUUAGACUUUUUUUUUUUUUUUUUUUUUUUUUUUUUUUUUUUUUAAAUGAUGGUAUUGUUCUGAUUAAACUGCGCGGGACCUCAGAAAAGAAGUUUUCUGAAAUCCUCUGGGCUCCUGUCACUAUUUAUGCAUUCUAAAGAAGGCCUUUCUUUCAGAAACUUAUCUGCUCUAAAUUCCUUAUUAAAGAUUCAGAAGUUAAUCUUUUGUCAUCAUUUACUUACCCUCAUUUCAUUUCAAACCCUUAUGAUUUUUAUGGAACACAAAAGUAGAUGUUUUUAAGAAUGUUCAUGCUGCCUUUUUGCAAUUCAGGGAAUGUGAAUAGAAGCUGUCAUUCUCCAAAAAGAAAUAGAAGUCAAUACAACUUGUGCACUAUAUUUCAAUUAUUUAGAUUUUUGGUGAGGUACAGAAUAAAAUUGAAUCAAAAUAAUAUUGCUGCCUCAAAUUUGACAUUUUCAGCCUUGCUGUGUCGUGAGCAGACAUAUGACAUGCAAGAAACUACAGUGUUUGUUAAAAACAAAGCAAAAAUCAAACAGCUUAAAAGACUUUAUAUUGCACAAGUUGUAUGAAUUAACUGUUACCUUUAUGAUGCUUUUGCCAUUUUUAGAGCUCGACAGCAUCCAUUCACUUUCACAGUGGAAAAGAGCAACAUGAACAUUAUGCUUAACCUCUCCUUUAGUGUUCCACAGAAGAAAGUAAGUCAUGCAGGUUUGGAAUGACAUGAGGGUGAGUAAAUGAUGUGAAAAUGUUAAUUCUUUGAAAUGCUCAGGACUACAGACUUUAGGACGUCUCUAGAGAUGCACUUCACUAUUGCAGAAAUCAGUAACAUUUUGUACCUUGUGGUGUGAUGCAAAAACACUAUGUUAGCCAUCCUCGAUGUCCGUGUGGGUGUGUCCUUCAACUUGCUUCAUGCUUUGAUCAAAUAAAUCCCUGCUGCUGUUUAUAUCAGCAUAGAUUUAGUAUUUAUUGUUGAACUUUUUCUAAAAAUCUCUUAUACAUGAAACUUUCUUUAUGACUCCAGUUUUAGUCUCAAGGGGGCGCUGAUUGCCAGCAUGUGCGCUUUAUGUGGAUCUCCUAUAAAUGUCUUUCAGACUUAUUCUCAGUGUUCAAGAAAGACAUGAAAAACAGUAAUGAACAGCGAGAAUAAAUUGAGGAGUUGUCCGAAUAGUGGUCAGAUUAGCAUAUUGUAAACACUUCCCCAAAUCCGAAGAGCUUAGUCUGCAAUCCUUGUUUUUGAUGCAUUUCUGUCUAUGUGUGAAACAGUAAUGUGAUGCCAGGCUCAUUUGAUGCAGCAUAUGCUGGAAUAUUUUUGUUUACAGGUCUAACAGGUGCAGGAGUUGAAUGAGGACACGACUGCUACUCUGUUGACCUCUUUCUUGCAUAGAGCUGCAUUUCCCUUUUUGAUAGUUAACACACAAUUCAUCCGUUUAUUUAAUGAUUCUGCUGCUAAGCCGAUUUUCAAUGUCUCCAUUAAACAGUCCUUAACUAAUUUUUGGAACACUUUCUGACUGCUCAGGGAACAUACUGAUUGUGGGAAGAUGAAUGUGGAUGUGUUUCAGAGGAAAUGAUACUUGAAAAUGCUUGUAUUAUGUGUUCUUUAUCACAUACGCAUGAAAAAUGGGAUGGUUCAGCCAGAAAUUACGAUUUUGUAAUUUACUAACCCUCAUGUGUUCCAAACUCAUAUGAGAGUGGGGAUGUGGGCUGGUAAGCUCCAAAAUUACAACAACAACAAAAAAAAAAAGGUUCAUACAAUAUUCAUGAAUGUUGUGUACUGUCUUCUGUUUUUUUGUGUCAUAAACAGAUCAAAAUUCAUUAUUCUGAGAAAAUACCUUCUUCUGUGUGCCUUUAGAUGCAACGUUGAGACUUGACAUCAGUGAAAGUCACCAAUUUCAAGGCAUUUUCCAAUAUCGAGGCAGCCGGUUUGAAAAUGCGGAGGCAUAAAUGAUAUUAUAAGUGACUAUAAUAAUUGCAUAAUAGUUUUCGGUCUCAUUUUAAAGACAUGCUGGAUCCCUGGUGUUACCUUUCUAUAUAUAAAAUAGAGUAGCCCAGUACAUUGUUAAAUAUUUCUACUUUUGUACUGGAUGAAAUAAUAUCUAUUUUUUUAUGUUUUUGAAAGAAAUCUUUUAUCCUUACCAAGGCUGCACGUAUAGUAUUUGAUUAAAAUAGAGUAAAAAGAAUAAUAUAUUUAAUAACAGUAACAUUUUUUAAAUAUAUUUAAAAAUGUAUUCCUUUAAAUUAUUCUUUAUUAUUCUAAUUUAUUCCUGCGAUGCAAAGCUGUAUUUUCAGCAUCAUUACUCCAGUCUUCAAUGUCACAUGAUGAUUUGGAUAAUUCUAAAAAGUAGUGUAAGGUACAUGGAACAACAUGGUGGUGAGUAAAUGGUGGCAGAAUUGUAAUUUUUGCAUGAUCUAUCCCUUUAAUUUGCAUGCAGGAUCAACUCUAAUGUUUGUAAUUCUACUAACCAUGUUUUGAUCUUCAAAUGCACUUGUAUUAAAUUGUGGAUCUGGCACCUGUAGCUUCUCACACAGCUUUUGUACUUCAGAACUAUAUGAACUUUUUUCCAAGUCUUUGUAACCGCAGAGUUGAAAGCCCUCCAUAGACACAAACUCGUCGACAGUCGCACUAAAGCGUUCUCUCGAGCCCCCUGAGAUCUCCUGUUUUCAAAGAAUCGUGUGGUUCGGCUCCCUGUGUCUUUGUCGUGCCCUCGACCUCCGAGGCGUGUGCAUCUCCCACAUCCUCCCCUCUUCACGACCCCUCCACGGGCCCGUGAGCCCCUCUAGCCCUCCUUGCGAGACAAGGGCCAAUGAACGCGAUCUCUAACUCUUCAGCUCAAAACUCCCACACAAGCCCCUCGGAGCUUCAGGCUCCAGAGUCCCACACACUCAAAAACUUAAUUAGUGAAGUUUAUCUCAAACAUGGAAUGGAAAAUAAGCACAUUGGUUUUGAGUUGAGAAAUGUUGGGCUUCUAAAUAAAAACCAACAAUUUGACUUUGUAGUGCAAAAAACGGGCCUGCAGUUUUGUUCUUCGGGGUUGUUUAGUGUUACUGUUAUGCUAUGGUGGGAUUUUCAGUGCGUAUUAAAGAACUUUAUUCAUUAAUUAUUAUGAACGGAAUGUGUAUGUGCAGCCUAGAGGGUGGGGAAUAAACUUAUUGUGAUCUGCUCUGUCAAUAUA